GUAUUACUGAUAUGACUGGGGACAAUCGCCGACACUUGUAAUAUAGCAACACCUUCACACUUAACUACAGUGUGGUAGGCUGUGUAUUACUGAUAUGACUGAGGACAAUCGGCGACAACAUACCAAGACGUUCACAUUUAAUUACAGAUUUUCUCCGAUGGAUUCCUGGUGUGGCAAGCUGUUGACGUCCAUACUGCUUCUGCCAUUCACGGCUGGAAAUUACCGUAGACGGCAGAAUGGAUCCGGGUAUUAUGACUGUAUUAUAUCGUCCCGAGUUCUGUUCCUGGUCGUCCUUUCAAUAGUCAUAGUGUUCACCGCAAGCAAAAAGAUACCAACACAUUCUGAAAUUCGUAUUGGAUUUGUUCUGAUUCUUCUGUCCUUACUUAUGAUCUUCGCAGUGAUUGGCUUCUGUGUUCAAGGAUACUUGGUGCAUAAACAUGGUCUUCAGUAUAUUGUCGCUGCAAGCCGGAACGCAAGUACCCCGAAACUUCAGGUGGUAUUCCUGUGGCUGUUUGGCUUUGCGUCGGUAUUCUAUUGUGGUUUCUUCAUCAUCAAGCAGAUUGAGUGUUCCGAAAACUUAGCUGUUGGAAACAUUUGGUACAUAUUACUUUAUUUUAAUAUCACAUUGAUCCUAUGCCUAUUUUCACAAAUGGUUAUCAUUACGCACUUUUCGCCAUAUGAACUGAAACAGACUCAUUUAGUUAAUUAUGCAAUGUCUUUGCUGUUAGUUGCGAAUGUAUGCAUGUUUGUGUAUGGGACACUAAUCGGUGAAAUCACGCUGUACAUUAUGUAUACGUUCCCGGACUCCGAUAUCGCCAACUGCUUGGAAAACAACAGCACUUUUUCUGUUUUACUAGAAAAAUCAAAGCCAAUUCUCAAACCAAAUUUUACAGAAUUUUGUCUUUUGUCUUGUACAAUACUUCUGGAAAUAUGGUCGCCUACGAAAAAAGUGCAGCUUCUUGACGAGGAAACGUCGUACAUGGAAAUAGACAAUAUAGAGCACACAGAGCGGUCACCUCUCUUACCAACUUUCACAGCGACUGAACAUCGCCGUUCUGGAAAUGAAGGGAAGCAAACGGCAUGUCAGUUGAUAACACUAGUGUUUAGCAUAACAGCUGGACUUGGUCUUAUUGUUUGCUAUGUUGUCAUGGCAAUGAAUAUAGGAGACAUAGACUAUAUGAGAAACGUCGCUGAAAUAUAUGAACUAGCGCUAAAAGUUGUAAUGGUGCUUGCGAUCUUUAUUGGUUUCUACUGUUUGGUUAGCUACUGCACUCCCGAUACUUCACCAGAAGAUUUAAAACCUUCAGAAUACGUGUAUUUGCUGUCCGCAUUCGGUUUGUUUAUGAUGCACAUCUGUGAAGGGAUAGGUGGUGACGUGUCGUUCGAUAAUUGGUUUAUGUCCACCAGCAUCUUAAGUAUAUUCCAAGACUAUCUUCAAGUUGUUUUUCUUCUGCACGCUAGCCGAUUUAAGAAAUCUGAACCUCAAUCAACCAUCCAUUUGCUUGAAUCAGCUCUGAUAUUUAUCAUGAUAUGUAACUGUAUCUUCUGGUUAAACGAUAGCUUUCUGAAAUCUGAAUUUUCGAUUACACGGAUACUGGAACAUUACAAUUUUCCUACAGAAUUAUCGAGCGUUGUUUACAAUGUUUUGCUACCAGUGUCUGUCUUCUUUAGGUUUACGUCGUUUUUGGAAUAUUACGCAACCUUUGACAAAUAUAACAAAUAAACACACAAGUUUAUGAAAAAAUGAAACAAAUACGUUAAUGCGAAGAUGUAAUGAAAAAAUAUAUCUAGGUUCCGGUUAUAGUUCUAAUAUGAUGAUCUUAUUUGAUCAGUGUAUUAUUGGUACAUCCAAAUGAAAUAACACGUGUAAGACAGGAACGUUUAUCCGUUAGAUGAUGACGAAUCCUUUUCCUUGGCCUAAAACUGUUCGGAUAACUUAACGUUGUGCAUUGUUCUAAGUGGACACGACUUAUCCAGGUUGCAAAUGCGUAUUCCCGACACACAUCAACAAUUCUUGCAUGUAUUUUGGAGAAAUAUGCAUGAUGCUUUCAGAAAUCAAAUAACUCUUUUCAGAACGGUACGGAAUACUGUGCUUGGUGCCUUCGGUAUUUCAGUGAGGUAGCACUAUAAAGUCGGUAUCAUAUCCGCAAUUCAAAAAGGAGGUAAAUACACCAACACAUCCCGCCACCAGCACAUGUACUUUGUUUGUUUGUUUGUUUGUUUGAUUUUGUUUAACGUCCUAUUAACAGCUAAGGUCAUUUAAGGACGGCC